UCGAACAGUGAUAAGCCAUGCAUUCAUUCGAAACGAAUCUCUUGCGGAAGAGCCAGUCGUUAUCAGUCGUCUGAUUUGUAGAAUGCACCCAGCUGCAUUGGUCUUUGCAAUUCUCAGCUGCGCAGUUCAGUCGGUGACACUCGAAUGUGUUGUUCGCUUCUCAAAAUCCGCUUCGGGAAUAGGUAUUCUAAAGAAUACGUUCGAGAACUCGGAAUACUGUGUAUACCUUGGAAUCCGCUAUGGGACCUUUGGACGAUUCCAGCCAUCUCAACUACUUGAGCCUAAGGAUCAUCAAAAUUAUACAGCCCAAGGAAGUGUAUGUCCCCAGUUGGAUGAUAUUAACUACCCAACGCAGGUGCUUGGAGAAGAAGAUUGCCUGUUCCUAAAUGUGUAUAGUCCAGAGGGCGCGAAUGAUACCUCAUUGUUUGCAGUUUUAGUGUUCAUCCAUGGAGGUAGUUUCACCAUAGGAUCAGCUGGUUAUGAUGUCCAUGGUGUCGAUCUUCUAAUUGGCAAUAACAUCGUCAUAGUCACCAUAAAUUACCGGCUGGACGUCUUGGGAUUCCUACGAUAUCCAAAAUUCAAUAUUACCGGAAACUAUGGUCUACUCGAUCAACGCACUGCCCUUCAGUGGGUUCGACAAUACAUAAACUGCUUCGGAGGCGACCCUAACAGAAUAACCUUAAUGGGUCACAGCGCAGGUGCUUCGUCCAUCAACUACCAUAUGUACUCCGAUCAAUCCGCAGGUCUGUUCCACCAAGCCAUUCUCCAGAGUGGGACCUUCCUGAUGCCACACGCGUUCAUAUACGAACCGGAGAAAUACGCCGAAUUCUACUUUACACAGAUGGGAGUUUCCACCCGAGAUCAGCUGUUGGAUCGUGACUUCCGCGAUUACUUCUUCUUGAACGACACCUCUCGGAUGCUGGGAACUGUUUUCGCCAGUAUGCAGUUCCCCUGUUUCCUGCCAGCUGCCGACGGAUUGUCCAUCAGUGAAUCGCCGCAUCAGCUUAUCCUGCAGAAUAUGUCUCGCAGUGAUAUUCCACUCUUGGUGGGAACGACAUCGACAGAAUUCUUGCUGCUGUUGGAUUACGUGAAGGAUUACUUUUCCUGGGAUGAGAAUUUUCCCAACAGGGAUAACAAAACUGUACUGGAGUACGUCGAGGGAGUGAUUCAUGCGAUGGCAGCUUACGCGAAAGAAACCGGACUUGUCACUGAGAAGGAGCAAUUCUUCCGAGACCUGGCGAACUAUGCCAACAUGAUUUUCCCAGCGGACAAUUUUGUUGAAAAGAUGCUGGCUUCAGAGCGAAAGUCUCCCAUUUAUCGAUACCGGUUUGGAUUUGAGGGUAAAUUUGGUUGGUACAAGAAUGAGUUCUAUCGGACCAGAAUGAACACUUCGCGACCGGGAGUUGUCCACGGAGAUGAUCUGGGCUACAUAUUUACACCGUACAAUGUAAGGGAAGCACUGGAACAACCCGAGAACUAUCGCAAGGAGUGGUACGUUCAUAGGAUGUUGGCGAAAGCAAUAGCUUGUUUUGUAAAACAUGGAAAUCCAUCCACGGAACACUUGCACUGGAAACCUGUAAAUGCUGCUGGAGAGAACGUUGUGUACAUAGGGGAUGAAAUGGUUAGCAAAACUGAAAACAAUUCCCAUUACAUGGCUAACUUCUGGAAACGGAUUCAUGAUUGCUACUACUAUUAUAGGUGUUCCCGUCUUGAAGCACCAAUGGCAAAGGAUGUUUAAAAAUUUUGAUUGUUCAUCAUUUUACACAAUACAAACAGUACUUAUUUAUUCAUA